AUUGCAUUUUGUUGUGUGAUGUGCCUAUGUUUGAGUUAGGUUUUUUAUUUCUUAAUAUAUGACAUUGUUUGUGGUUUCUGAUUGUGUAGAACAGAUGUCAAGAUAACUUUAAUAUUGCACCAUGGAUGAAGAUUCACUCCACGUGAGUGAUGGAAAGGUUGAAUAUAUAGGCUGAGAAUUUGACGUUUGGGAGGAUAUAUCUGCAUAUUACAUGAACACAUUUAUCCUAUGUGAUCUGGUGCAAGCAUGUAAGAAGUAUGGCAGGAUAGGAGAUUUUUUUUGGUUGAUUGAUAAGGACUUAGAUUUUAAUCAUGGGUUAAGGAGUUGUACAACAGAUGGAGAUAUAUUAUACUUAGUGAAGGAUGCUUUGGAAAAUGAGAAUGAGAUAAACGUUUAUUUUCAUCAUGAAGUAGAUCCAAUUCCAGAAGAAGUCCCACUGAUGUUGGACUUGAAAUGUCAUCCAAUUCCAGAAGCUAGUAAUGAGGAUGAUUUAGAUGAUGUACCUGUUGUUGACCAUGAGGAAGUCACCAUUGAUGCAAAUGUUGGUGGUGGAGAGAAAGGUAUUAAUGUGGAUGUUGGUGGUGGUGAAGAGAAAGAUGUUGGUAAUCCUGAUGAUGAAUAUGACAAUGAUGAGUGAUAUAUUUUGUUCAUGGUCCUUGCACCUAUUGUUGAUGUUCCACCAAUAGCAAGGUAUAAGCUAAACAUGAGAAGACCUAAACAAAAGAACAUUCCAGACACUUUAAUAGUAGACGUGCCUGUUGUGGAUGACCCACCAUCAACAUCCUUACUUUUCAUGCCAACACCAAGGUUCACUAGAAGGAAGGUUGCUGAUAAAGAUCCAGUAUAAAAAUGAAGAAAAGUGAAGACCCAUUUCUUGUUUUAUUUUGUUAUUAGGAUGUGUAGUUGGAUAUGACUAAUUUAUAUUCAGUAGGUACUAGUUUAUGUUAUGUACUUUGGUACUUUAAAUUUGAAAGCUUGAACGAUAUAAACAUUAUGGUACU